AAUGGACUGCUGAACUGGGAAUUACCGCAGACUCAACAGUAUAGCACAGCUCGUUGCUUCGUCUAUUACUAGUUAUUUAAAUUGGACUUUUAAUAUCCUGCCAGCUGCUGUUCACACACACAUGGUGCAUUGUUGCCAUUCUCAGAAUUGCAUCUUUGAAACUCAGACCCUCAGUAACCUUCAUCGAACAAAGAGGCAACCUCCUGCGUAUGUUUAUAGAGGGAUUUUUCGGACCUACUGCCCUCUAGUUUUCUUGCUGGUGCUGCAUUUCUAAGACGGUAUGGAGCCCAGUAUGGAGUACUGCUUAGCACAGGUGCUGCAGAAGGAUGUUGGGAAGAGACUUCAGGUUGGCCAGGAACUGAUAGAUUACUUCUCAGAUAAACAGAAGUCAUCUGAUCUUGAACAUGAUCAGACUAUGCUGGAUAAAAUGGUUGAUGGAUUGGCCACUUCCUGGGUAAAUUCCAGCAAUUACAAGGUGGUUCUCCUGGGGAUUGACAUAAUUUCUGCGCUCGUGUCCCGCUUGCAAGAUCGCUUCAAGGCUCAGAUUGGCACAGUGCUGCCAAGUUUACUUGAUAGGCUGGGAGACUCUAAGGACUCGGUGAGGGAGCAGGAUCAAGCCUUGCUGCUAAAAAUCAUGGAACAAGCUGCUAACCCUCAGUAUGUGUGGGACAGGAUGCUAGGAGGAUUCAAACACAAGAAUUUCCGGACGAGAGAAGGGAUUUGCCUCUGCCUUAUUGCAACACUCAAUGCAUCUGGAGCCCAGAGUUUAACAUUGAGUAAGAUAGUGCCACAUAUAUGUAACUUACUUGGAGAUCCAAACAGCCAGGUUCGAGAUGCAGCAAUAAACAGUCUUGUGGAAAUUUAUAGACACGUUGGUGAACGUGUAAGGGCUGAUCUCAGUAAAAAAGGACUACCCCAGUCUCGAUUGAAUGUAAUUUUUACAAAAUUCGAUGAAGUCCAAAAAUCUGGAAACAUGAUCCAGAGCACAAGUGAUAAAAUUUUUGAUGAUGAAGACUCCGUGGAUGGGAACAGACCUUCCUCAGCCAGCUCCUCUACAUCUUCAAAGGCCCCUGCAAACUCACGCAGAGUUGGGAUGGGGACUACCCGCAGACUUGGGUCUGCAGCUCUGGGCUCCAAGUCUUCAACAGCCAAAGAGGGAGCAGGUGCUGUGGAUGAAGAAGACUUCAUUAAGGCAUUUGAAGAUGUCCCAACAGUUCAGAUUUAUUCCAGCCGGGAUCUUGAGGAAUCCAUGAACAAAAUCAAAGAGAUACUAUCAGAUGAUAAGCAUGACUGGGAACAGAGAGUUUCUGCGUUGAAAAAGAUCCGCUCCUUACUUUUGGCUGGAGCUGCAGAAUAUGAUAACUUCUUCCAACACUUAAGACUUUUGGAUGGAGCGUUUAAAUUAUCCGCUAAAGACCUGCGGUCUCAAGUAGUGCGCGAGGCUUGUAUAACAUUGGGACAUUUGUCAUCAGUUCUGGGAAACAAGUUUGACCAUGUGGCAGAAGCCAUCAUGCCAACAAUUUUUAAUCUUAUUCCGAAUAGUGCCAAAGUCAUGGCCACUUCUGGUGUUGUAGCAGUUAGAUUAAUCAUUCGACAUACGCACAUCCCUCGACUAAUACCCAUCAUAACCAGUAAUUGUACCUCCAAAUCUGUUGCAGUUAGAAGGCGCUGCUUUGAAUUUUUAGACUUGCUGUUGCAGGAGUGGCAAACACACUCCCUAGAAAGACAUAUAUCAGUGUUAGCUGAAACAAUAAAGAAGGGAAUUCACGAUGCAGACUCUGAAGCCAGGAUAGAGGCAAGAAAGUGUUAUUGGGGUUUCCACAGUCACUUCAGCAGAGAGGCAGAGCAUUUGUACCACACUUUGGAGUCUUCCUACCAGAAAGCCCUGCAGUCACAUUUGAAGAACUCUGACAGCAUCGUGUCCUUGCCACAGUCAGAUCGCUCCUCCUCCAGCUCCCAGGAGAGUCUCAACCGUCCAUUGUCUGCCAAAAGAAGUCCUACUGGAAGUACUACAUCUAGAGCAUCUACAGUAAGUACAAAAUCUGUGUCAACACCAGGAUCUCUGCAGCGAUCCCGCAGUGACGUCGAUGUGAAUGCAGCAGCUAGUGCCAAGUCAAAAGUGACGUCUUCUGGAGCAUCUACCCCCUUCAGUUCUGCUGCAGCCUUGCCCCCAGGCUCAUACGCAUCACUAGAUGGUACUACCACUAAAGCCGAGGGUCGGAUUCGUACAAGGAGACAGAGCUCUGGCAGUGCCACAAGUGUUACCUCGAUGCCUGCUGAUACCCGAGGCCGCAGCCGGGCUAAAGUGGUUUCCCAGUCCCAGCGAUCCAGAUCAGCUAAUCCUGCUGGUGCUGGUAGCCGGUCUAGUUCUCCUGGUAAGCUGUUAGGAAGCGCCUAUGGUGGCCUGAGCGGUGGAGCAUCCAGAGUCCAGCCAAUGCCAUCAUCUUCAGAGAAGCGCAGCAAGAUCCCUCGAAGCCAGGGAUGCAGUCGAGAGACGAGUCCCAACAGAAUAGGACUAGCACGGAGCAGUCGUAUCCCCCGACCCAGCAUGAGUCAGGGGUGCAGCCGUGAUACCAGCCGUGAGAGCAGUCGAGAUACAAGCCCUGCUCGGGGCUUUCCUCCACUUGCUUCUCGACGUCAUUCCAGGUCCACUAGUGCUCUCUCCACUGCUGAUUCUGUUGGGCAGUCAGACCGGUUUGGACUCGGACAGCCAGGCAGGAUGCCUGCUUCCGUGAAUGCCAUGAGAGUCUUGAGCACAAGCACAGAUCUGGAGGCUGCUGUGGCUGAUGCACUGCUGUUAGGAGACUCCAGGAGCAAGAAAAAGCCUGUGAGAAGAAGAUAUGAACCCUAUGGGAUGUACUCUGAUGACGAUGCUAACAGUGAUGCAUCAAGCGCUUGCUCGGAGCGCUCCUAUGGUUCCAGGAAUGGGGGCAUUCCACAUUACCUGCGGCAGACUGAAGAUGUGGCCGAGGUCCUGAACCACUGUGCCAGCUCCAACUGGUCUGAAAGGAAAGAGGGGCUCAUAGGUCUUCAGAACUUACUGAAAAGCCAACGGACACUGAGCCGAGUCGAGUUAAAAAGGCUGUGUGAAAUAUUUACUCGCAUGUUUGCUGACCCUCACAGCAAGGUCUUCAGCAUGUUUCUGGAAACCUUGGUUGAUUUCAUCAUCAUUCAUAAAGAUGACUUGCAGGAUUGGCUUUUUGUUCUCCUCACCCAGUUGCUGAAGAAAAUGGGAGCGGAUUUGCUGGGGUCUGUGCAGGCAAAGGUUCAAAAAGCUCUGGAUGUCACCAGAGAUUCUUUUCCAUUUGAUCAACAAUUUAACAUUUUGAUGAGGUUUAUUGUAGAUCAGACCCAAACACCAAACCUGAAGGUGAAAGUUGCUAUCCUGAAAUAUAUUGAAUCCUUGGCAAGACAGAUGGAUCCAACAGACUUCGUGAACUCCAGCGAGACUCGACUUGCCGUAUCUAGAAUUAUAACUUGGACAACAGAACCAAAGAGCUCAGAUGUGAGAAAGACCAUGCAUAGUUGGGUGGGUGAGGAUUUGCCAGCUAGGACAACUACAGCUUCCUCAGGGCCCGGUGAAGGAAACUUGGAAGAGAAAUGUAAACAGGCGGCACAAAUAGUCCUGAUUUCUCUCUUCGAAUUGAACACUCCUGAGUUUACCAUGUUACUUGGUGCCUUGCCAAAAACAUUCCAGGAUGGUGCUACCAAGCUUCUGCACAACCACCUCAAGAACUCCAGUAACACCAGUGUGGGCUCUCCCAGCAAUACCCUUGGUCGGACUCCUUCCCGACACUCCAGCAGCAGAACCAGCCCCUUAACUUCACCUACCAACUGCUCCCAUGGUGGACUGUCUCCAAGUCGGUUCUGGGGUUGGAGUGCAGAUGGGCUGUCGAAGCACCCCCCUCCCCUUUCUCAGCCUAACUCCAUCCCCACUGCUCCUUCCCACAAGACUUUCAGACGCUCUUACUCUCCCAGUAUGCUGGAUUAUGACACGGAGAACCUAAAUUCUGAUGAAAUCUACAGCUCUCUUCGUGGAGUCACAGAAGCGAUUGAAAAAUUUAGUUUCCGUAGUCAAGAGGACCUCAAUGAGCCAAUCAAACGUGAUGUAAAGAAAGACUGUGACAUUGUGUCUCGAGAUGGUGGCCUUGCUGUGCCUACCGGCGAUGUCCGUGGAAGCAGUGACAUCGUGGAAGGAGGAAGGAUGGCUCUAGAUAACAAAACCUCCCUACUUAACACCCAGCCUCCCCGCACCUUUUCAGGGCCACGUGGUCGAGAGUAUAAUCCCUACCCAUAUGUUGACACAAUUAACACUUAUGACAAGACUGCCUUGAAGGAAGCAGUGUUCGAUGAUGACAUGGAUCAGCUUCGGGAUGAAGUACCCAUUGACCAUUCAGAUUUGGUGGCUGAUCUUCUGAAAGAGCUCUCCAACCACAACGAGCGGGUGGAGGAGCGGAAAGGAGCUCUCCUGGAACUGCUGAAGAUCACAAGAGAAGACAAUCUUGGAGUUUGGGAGGAACAUUUCAAAACCAUUCUGCUCUUGCUGCUGGAAACACUUGGAGACAAAGAUCAUUCAAUAAGAGCUCUGGCACUGCGAGUCCUGAGAGAGAUCUUACGGAACCAGCCAGCAAGGUUUAAGAACUAUGCAGAGUUGACCAUCAUGAAGACAUUGGAAGCACAUAAAGAUUCUCACAAGGAGGUUGUCAGAGCUGCUGAAGAAGCUGCUUCCACCCUGGCAAGUUCCAUCCACCCUGAGCAGUGCAUCAAGGUGCUUUGCCCCAUCAUUCAGACUGCAGAUUAUCCAAUUAACUUAGCUGCCAUCAAAAUGCAGACGAAAGUCAUCGAGAGGAUUUCCAAGGAAUCAUUACAUCAGCUCCUUCCCGAUAUCAUUCCUGGGUUGUUACAGGGUUAUGAUAAUACCGAGAGCAGCGUCCGUAAAGCUAGCGUAUUUUGCCUAGUGGCAAUUUAUUCAGUAAUUGGAGAAGAACUGAAACCUCAUCUCGCACAGCUCACAGGAAGCAAGAUGAAGCUACUGAACUUGUACAUAAAGAGGGCCCAGACCACCAACAGCAACAGCAGUUCCUCUUCAGAUGUUUCAACGCACAGUUAAUGGAGAUAUGUGGACAUAUGUGUAGACUUAGAAGCAAUCAACGGUGCCUCUCAGAGACCUUUCUGCUACUCUUCACUGGCGCGCUCCAUCAGCUCAAGGAGGCCAUGCAGAUAUUUAUUGCAAUCAGUAUUUUAGUCCCUUAAAAGCUUUUGUGUAGAAUCUUACUGGUAUUGAAUGUAAAGGAAGCAAGGUCUGUGUCGCAGUCUUCAUUAAAAGUGAACAACAGAAAGCCAUACUUAAACGUAUUUGUAUAGCCUGCUGAAAUCUUGGAAAUAUGUUUAAGUUAGCAUUCAAAACUGAGUCCAAGAACCUGGACAUGCGUAAAGCUCAAACAAAUCUUGUUGGUUUAGUUAAUACCCAGUUUUGGUUUCUGUGUGCUAGUUACCUGCUCUCUCCGUGUGGCCACAGCCAUUCUGGCUAGGUUCUCCUCUUCUUACAAGUCUUGUUGUCCUGUUUUAUACUCCCUGUUGCAGCUUGCCUAACGUGCAGGGCUCUCUAGGGAGAUCUUUGCAGAUGUGGCUGUGAUUCCAGCCUCGGAUGCUUUAAUACUGAGAGAUAGCAAGUGAGUAAUGAAAAAGUAGGUUGUUUUUAAACACCUGAGUUUUUGUACAUAGUGCUUCUGACAGGCCUCUGAUGGGCUGAUCCCUCUGUAACUGCUUUUCAGCCAGCUGUGCAGUGGAAAACAGCUGGAUUUUUGCUUCUUUCAUUGACUUUGUAAAUACUUCUCCCCUCUCAACACAUUCGGCUCUUUCAUACGCUCAAAAGACUCUCCAGGUUAGUUGUUAUUUCCCAAAGGGAAUCUCCUGAGACCCAAUUCUGGGACUGAUGCCUGCGAUGGGACACUGGAGUUGGGUGGGUGGGUGUUGAAUUAGGCUCAGAGUGUAUCCAUAGGUGGGCAUUGGGAGCUGGCAGGGCUGUAUCUCAGUGCUGCCCUGGGAGACUAGCUGAUUUUUCCUUGAAGUCUGUAGCAUCUGAAGGGCUGAGCUUUGACCUGACCCGCUAGUGUUUUGUCCCCACAAUUCCUUUGUGCUUUGGGAAAAAUGUUCAUCCCAGAGGACAGAAAGGACAUUUGAAACUGACCCCAUGGAAGCACCUGCGGAGCCAUCUGGGAGAGUUCUGGUUGCCUGCCACAGCCCCUUCUGUGCCUGAAGAGCCUGCAGUGCUGUUAGCUGCCUUUAGAAACCUCCUCCUUCCUGGCCGGUCCCACGCACAGCCCCGCUGGGAGCUCUGCAUUUUGGAGGGGUGCAGAGGGCUCUCUCUGCGCAUUGCUGUCAGCAGGACGCUCUGGGUGAGCGUGCAGCAGGGCAGAUCAGGUGAAAGACCAAGUCAGAGCUGAACCAGCAGCAGUCAAAUACCGCACAGCACUGCCCUUCCGCAAAGGAACACCCUCGUGUUUGCAGAGGGUGAGCUAGCCCUUCUUCUGCCUGUAAUCAGGGGAAGCAGGACGAUGCUAGUGGUGUGUUUGACCCUGGGCUGGAUCCUUGCUGAAGGGCUUGCCCACCCCAAACAUGUGAUGGAUCAGAACUGAGUUUUUCUUCCAGUGCCAGUGAUUUAAGAGGAUGGUGGGCCUGCAGCUGUGGUGUUGGAUGUGUGCUCUCUAGUUGCUCUCAGUGCCUGGAUCUCUUUCCAGCUCCCUCCAUUUCCCCUCUGGGGAGCUGAAGGGACAUCUUGGUAGCCUACUGAGAACAUGAGUUUCCGGUAUGGCAGCAGGGGAGUGCAGCGGGGAGGUUAAAUCCCUGGUGUCCUCCCUUUCCGUCAGUUCAUCCUGGUGUGUCUCAGCCCUGGCCUGAGCAUUUGUGCUGGGAGGUAAUGCUUGGUGCCAGCUCCCCUCCCAGUCCCCAGCUCGGGAGGGGUUGGUGGGAAUUGUGCAGAACUGUGUGGCAAAGCUUGUCAGUUCCUUUCUCUGCUGACAUGAGAGCGGAGGAGGUGACCUGCUCCUCAGUUUGUCAAGAUACGUCCAGGCAUUUGCUGGCAGUGCUUGUUUCCUCAUCUUUUCCAAUGAGCAAUGCGUGGCAGGAGAAACCACACGAUCCUGGUGGGUAGGAUUACUGGAUUCCCCCAGGCUCUUUCUACAGGCUCAGAAAAGCCAUCCUUGCUAGAGGGAGAAUUGGCUGCUUCGUGGUUGGUGUCUCCCUUUCUGUGGACCAUUCCUUUUCAACAUCUUUCAGUAUGCUUGUUAGAAUAUUCUUUUUUAGAUUUUGAAUGAUUCAAACGUGAAUUUAUUUUCCCUUUUGAGGAAAUAUUGAGCCAACUUGUUGGCAGCAGUUAGCUGUCUUGUUUGAAUUUUUAGUAGUGGGUUUGGGGUUUUUUUUUGGUUAUUUUUUUUUAAUUUGUACUUUUAACUGCUUAGUAUUUAUGCCUCUCUUUCUCCCCAUCUCAGUUCAGUAUCUUCUGUUCCAAUUCUGGGGUUCAGAAGUCAGCAUAGCUGACCCAAUGGCCUGCAGUCCUUCCCAGCUGGGUUGGAGCUUGGUCCAUCACUGUUUGCUGUUUAUUUUUUAAGUUUUUUUUUUAAUGGCACACUGUAGCAAGCCUCCAGGAAUCGAAUUCCUUCUCCAAUGAUUUUAUAUAUUUUUUGAAAUCCUGUUAGUAUGCACUGAGAGUGAACACACUGUAACGUCCCUGAACUGACCCUGGCACGUGCGCUGACACUACAGCAGGAGUUAACAGCUCGUCCUUAAGGACGGGUGCAACUCCAGCAACGAGCAUGUUUUCCAGUACUAUUGGCACACUUGGGGCUGCAAAUGGUAGAACCAGGCCUUACUUUCUGAAUCAGAUUUGGUUCUGUUUGUCAACAGAUGCUCAUUAAUGUGCUACUUAAUUUCUCUACGUGAGUCAGUCGAGGACUGUUCAUCCUUUGAGUACUCUAGAAGUGUGUUAUACCUGUAUACAGUAGAGAGCAUUCUGCUUAGGUAUUUAUAAAUCAUUGCGUAUAAUGUACAUAGUAAGGUUGUCUAGUAUGUUGAACAUGAACCAGGGUUGUUUUUGUGUUCCUUUGAAGUACUCAAAGGGCUAGCUCUGAAUGUCACCUCUCUGAUCUCCAGUGUUCUGACUUCAACAAGCUGUACAAUCAUUUUGGUUUUCUCUUCAGCAAGCAUAAAGGUCUCUUUGGCUACAAAUCACAGUGUCCACACACACUUGCAGAGAAAGAUCUGCAUGCUGGCAGUGCCUCACCGCACCGGUGAAGCUUGUGUUCAUGUUCUCCCGGCAGUAGCCACCUACUGCAGCUGCCUUUUUUUUUUUCUUGCUGCCCAUUAUGCAGGGCUUCAAUUUUUCGUACCAUAAAAAAAAAAAAAAAAAAAAAAAAGGAGAAAAAAAAAAAAGUGAAUUUCAUUUGCCCACCAUGCUUUAGAAGUCUGAAUGGGAGAAAACUCUCAGCAGACAGCGGCUCCUGGCUGCAAGGUUGCUGAAAUCUCAGAUGUGGAUGUUUUUUUCUGCCAUUGGCUGCACCAGUGCUCCGUGGGCAUGGGCAAAUACUGGAUCCAUCCGCCCCACAGGUCUACGUACUGUAGUUCUCAUGUAGUGCAGAAAUAUCGAGGCAUGUGGCUUUCUUAAGGUACACUAUGUGUGCUUGCCUGGAUUACAAUACAAUACGAGACUGUCUUUUUUAUUGCUUAUUACUAGCUUACAAUAACCUGUAUAAGUAAUAUAACUCGCAUCUUUGUCAUCAAAACCUUUUCUCCCCACCCCUUUAUUUAUCAAGCAUAAUAUUACAUAUUAAGGGACAGAAGAAUAGACGUUUGUAGAAUACAGCAGGAUGUUGCUAACAAUGUUUUAAAUGGGAAGUAAAAAAGCGCUCUGACAAAUGCCAUCCAUGAGAAAUGACUUUGUUGGCACCGUGUUCAUGCGCAUGUAUUUUUUUCUAUUUUUUCGCUUUUGUCAUGUUACAUUCAUAUCUGUAUUUAUAUCUUAUUUGUUUCACUUUUGAGUGUAUCAUGGCAAUUGUACAGAUGGUUUUUGUUAACAUUUAUGUGAUAGAAUUUGCUAAAAAAAAAAAAAAAAUUAAACCCUUUUGAGUUUGCCCUAGAAUAAAUGGAAAUUGG